AUGUCUGCUGCUUCUAAUGGAAAUAUCGAUCAGAUGCUUGACACCGAUUCAAAGCCCAUAAAUACAAAUGCGCAUGAAAGUAUGCCGGUAUCGUCCUCGAGUGAACAAGAUGAUCUAGCCGGGAUGGAUUCGAGUACGCAGACGUCUCCUUCAGCGGAUGCUCCUCAAGCAGGUGGUGCUCAAGUGGUCGUAGGACAAUCGCCACCGAAGCCAUCUUUCAAAGAGGAGGUUGGCAUGCUAAACGAAUCCGUGGAUCUGUGUUUGGCAAAGUAG